AUGUGUUGUACAUUGUUGUGCACGAGUAGGCUGCUCAGCUGUGUUGAGAGCGUUGUAAGGGCUAAUUUCGUCUCCAAGAACCUUCAGAACAACACAGUGGCACGGGAAGAGCUUCCUCCUGGCUGGAAGCGUGUCGAGUCCAGGACAAAGCCAGGUACGUACUACUAUGCGCAUCCCUCGACCAACCGCACACAGGUGAAUCCACCACAAGGAACCAAGCAAGUGUCCGCGGGUGCAUCCAACGGCACGCAGCAAGCAGAAAUGGCGGCAGAUGGAAGUGUGCCCAAAAAAGAUAACCAGGAAGAUAAAGAAGAGCGCAAGCGCAAGCAUCAGCAAGUGGAAGAAGAAGCAGAAGCUGAACAGGAGAUGGUCGAAGAAGAAUUAAGGCGAAUCAAGGCAGCCAAGAAGGCAAAAGAGCUCGAGCUGAAACGCAAGAAGGAAGAGGAGCUCAGAUUAGAGCGCCUUCGUAAAGAGGAGGAGGCUAGGUUGGAGAAGGAGCGCUUGCAGCGAGAAGCAGAAGAACGCAAGCGACAGCAGGAGCUGGAGGCUCUGGCAGAGGAACGUCGAAAACGGGAGGCAGAAGCCAGGAAGAAGGAUCAGGAAGCGCAGCGAAGAAAGGCAAUGGUUUUCGAGCAGCAUUCCAUUCUGCAGCGAAAGCUAGCAGAGGAUGCCAGAAAGCGGCAAGCAGAAGAAGAGGAGAAACGAAAGAAAGCCGCUGAACAAAAAAAGGAAGAAAAACAAGAGGAGAAGCAAGAGGAAAAUCAGGAGGAGAAGCAGCAGGAGAAGCAGCAGGAUGAGCAAACGCGGAGAGAGAAGGUGGCAAAGCGAGAAGUCAAGGUUUGGACUCAGCAGAUUCCAGACCCUGUAGACCCUGUUCUUGAGCCUUGCUUCGAUGUGUACAAGAAUGGAAAGCUAUUGCGCACUCACCGUCUCGCCGGUGAAAAGACAAGCUGGAUAAUAGGCCGAGGGCCAGCUGGAGUAGACAUUGCCAUUGCGAACAGCCGCAUUUCAAGGAAACACGCCGAAAUUUCUUGUCAGACCCCACUGAUGUUUUUGACUGACCUGGGUUCAACAUAUGGAUCAGCAAUGAAUGCCGAGAACUUGGAAAAGAAUCAGCCGGUUGAGUUGGUUGAUGGCGCCAGGUUCCGCUUUGGCGGCUUGCCGGAGCUUUUCGUGUACCGUGAGCCCCCUGCAGCGGAAGAAGAGGCCGAGGAGCCCUCCUCGCCUCCUGUUGUUGCUGAGGUUUCGGGCAUGGCCACCGCAGAAGAUGGCCCGGACUUGCCACAGGCGGCAGCAGCGGCUUCCGCCGCAGCGCGGGCUGCGGCGGAAGCCGAAGAUGAAGCGCGUGUGCGGCGCAUCCAGCAGAAACGACAGGAGCGAAAAGCAGCUCAAGAGGCUGAGAAAGCUGUGGCCGCAGCAAAGAAAGAGGAGGAGAAAAAGAAAAAACAGGAGCGCGUCCAGAAAAAGCGCGCGGCCAAGGAAGCGAAGGCUGCCAAGCGAUCUGCCCGAGCUGCAGCCGCCAAAUCAGCAGCUGCCACAGCAGGAUCGAUGUUGAACCAGGGUGAUGCGACUCCUCCGGAUGCAGCCCUGCCGGAUGCGGCCAUGGCCUCUCCGCAAGAUCAAUCCCCGCCUGCCAGUCCGAAGAAUGAGGACGGCUGCAUUUCAUUGUACAUCCCCAUGCGCCCAUGGACAUGCUGCUUAUGA